UUGUUGUUAUUGUUUUUACCGCUGCUAUUUUUUGAAAAACAAAAAACAAAAACAAAACCUUGAAAGUUUGUUAUUGAUGUUUCAUCUGUCUGAUUUUUGAUUUUCUGUUUUGUUACCUGGUUCUGAUGAAUAAGAAUCUUGAUUGAUUAUUCUUCAGUAACCAACCAACAAAUUACGAUUCCAUUCCACAGUUUUAUUCAAAUCGCUCGAAUUUUUUCAAAAAAAAAAAAUUCGUUUGUCGAUAAUAAUCAGAUUUGAUUUACUUUUGGUUGUUGAUAUUAUUCAUCAAAUUUGAAAAAUCAAAAUCAAAAUCAAAAAAAAAAAUGACUAUCAUAUCGAAUUUGAUGGCCAAUUAUCGUCUAACAAAUCAUUCAAAAAUGGUAUUAUUUCGUUUAAUGAUUCGUCAUCAUCAUCAUUUUAAAAAAUAUGGUUCAUCAUCAAUGUUAAAUUUUUCAUCAUUAUCAUCAUCAUCUUUGUUUCAAAAUAAUCAUCAUUAUCAUUAUUGUCGAUCAUUUAAUCAACAACAACAACAACAAAAUCGUUAUCCAUUAUUGAUUAAUUAUAAUUAUUGGUUACAAUUAAUACGACCAUUAUCCAAUACAUCUAGUUCCAAACCUGAAGAUAUACAUGUGAUACCGAAAGUAAAAACAACAAAUACAAAAGAACGUAAUAAAGAUUUAACAUUAGGUCGUAAUUUUAUAACAACAACACGUGCAAUGCGUGAAUAUGCAUUGGAUAUAUCGGAUCUAGUCGAUUUACGUAAAUUUCAAAGACGUAGCCCUUAUAAUGAUGAACCACCGAUUACUGUUUAUCUACGUAAAGAUGUUGAAGCAAAAGCACUUGAAGUAUGGAAAAAUUGGGAUCGUCUUAAUGAAGAAUUAAGACGUCGUAAAGAAAAAGAAGAAAGUUAUAGUGAUAGUCUUUUAAUUGUUAAAAAAUAUAAUAAAGAUUAUCGUCGUUUAAAUACACCACAAGCAAAAUUUCGUGAACAUGUUAUGCGUGAAGCUGGACGUGUUGUAAUGGCCGCUGUGAUGAUAAAUGGUGCAAAUUUUUUUCUAAAAUUAUUUGCAUGGCUUUAUACCGGAUCUCAUUCAUUAUUUUCGGAAGCAAUACAUUCAUUAGCUGAUACUUGUAAUCAAUUAUUAUUAGCAUUCGGUAUAAGAAAAUCAAUACAAGUGCCUAAUAAAGAUCAUCCAUAUGGUUAUCAUCCAAUGCGUUAUAUAUCAUCAUUAAUAUCUGGUGUAGCAAUAUUUUGUACUGGUACUGGUUUAAGUAUUUAUCAUGGUAUUGAUGGUUUAUUACAUCCAGAACCAAUUGAAUCAUAUUAUUGGGCAUAUUUUAUAUUACUUGGUUCACUUAUAUCUGAAGGUGGUACAUUAAUUAUUGCAUUAAAUGCUGCAAGACGUUCAGCAUCAUUAAAAGGAAUAUCAUUAACACAAUUCAUUUUAGCCGGUAGUGAUCCAACAUUAAAUGUUGUUAUUUUAGAAGAUUUUGCCGCUGUAUUAGGUGUUUCAAUUGCAGCCGGUUGUAUGGGUUUAACAUCAUAUUUUAAUACACCAAUAUUUGAUGCUUGUGGUUCAAUAGCAAUCGGUGCAUUAUUAGGUGUAGUUGCAUCGUUUGUUAUCUACACGAAUGCCGGUGCAUUAGUUGGUAAAUCAAUUCCACCAAAUCGUAUGGCCGAUAUAAAUAAAUUUCUUGAAUCCGAUGGUAUGGUUCGUGCUAUACAUGAUGUUAAAGCAACACAUAUGGGUAAUGAUAUGGUUCGUUAUAAAGCCGAAGUUGAUUUUGAUGGACGUAAAUUGACUAGAAAUUAUCUUGAUUCUAUUGAUUUGGAAGUAUUAUACAAGGAAAUGCUUUCAGUAAAAACAAUGGAAGAAUGUGAAGAAUUUAUGCUUAAACAUGGUGAAAAUAUUGUCGAUUUAUUAGGUGCUGAAGUUGAUCGUAUUGAAAAUGAAUUAAAAGCUAAACAUCCUGAAGUUCGUCAUGUUGAUCUAGAAGUACUUUAGAAUUUUGUUUCCAUUAAAACCAGCCUGAAAUUCUAACUUUUUUUUUGUUUUAUCAUUAUU